UAUUUGUCAUGUGGAACAGGGGUGAAUUUUAGUUCCUUCAGAGAAUCUGCAAUUUGAAGUUAAUAACAUUGAAAUCUCUGACAUUUCCUAUUUUCUUCUUUUACAGAUAAAUCUACGCCUGGCAAUAUGUUUCACCACGUAGUAUCAUUUAGACGGUCUCUUGUGUUGAUACUGUGUACGAUAUUGUUUUUGGAGACUCAAGCUGAUUCAGAUAUAUGCAAGAUAUGUACUUGCUAUUCACUUACAACGAGUGUAAAUUGUGCAAAUCGCAAUUUACAAUCAAUUCCACAACCAAUUCCGACGAAUGUUGAAUAUUUAUAUCUUUCCUACAAUAAAAUUUCAAGAAUUGAAAAAGAGAUGUUUCAAGGCCUUCACAACUUAGAGAAAUUAGUACUUGGUACCAACAACAUUGCAACCAUCAAAGAAGGUGCAUUCACGGGGCUUUCAAAUUUAAACUACUUAUAUCUUUCCUACAAUAAAAUUUCAAGAAUUGAAAAAGAGAUAUUUCAAGGCCUUCACAACUUAGAGAAAUUAGUUCUUGGUGCCAACAACAUUGCAACCAUCAAAGAAGGUGCAUUCACGGGGCUUUCAAAUUUAAACUACUUAUAUCUUUCUUACAAUAAAAUUUCAAGAAUUGAAAAAGAGAUGUUUCAAGGCCUUCACAACUUAGAGAAAUUGUAAGUUCUUUUAAUGUUGUCGUUUAUACAUGAGGAAUAUACUAUGUCUUUAAAUUUAAUAUCCCCUUAUUUCCAUGUUUUCUCACUCUCUAUUA